AUGCCUCUUGAGUCAGGAAAGGUGCAGUCUUUGAUCGCUAAGGUUCCAGAAGGCAAGUGGCUGAAGUUGUCGAGCAGUGCCAUCGAAGAGUGGCUCCACUUCGUUGCGGACGCAAACGAGCCAAUCAGCCACGACGAGGUGUUUUAUGCCAGCGUCGCCCGAGUGAUGUCCGAACAGAUGGGCUCAGCAGCGCCGUCGGACUUCGCGGACCCACAGAUGCGCACUUUCAUCAUCGAAGGGUCUCAGAGCAACGGCCCGGCUGGCAGCGUUGAGCGUGGCACCGGGACCUCGCCAGAGCAUCUGGCGAAGGCGAUCGAGGCGCUUGCAAAGGCAACGCAAGAGCGAGACCAGCCCAAGAAGGAAUACUUGUCUUUCAACUUGAAACAGCGCCUGGACGAGCUCGGUCUCGGGAAUCUCCCAAAAAAUAUGAUGCCCUCGGAGGAGGCUAUGAUUCGGUUGGAGAAAGCCAGCAAGGUCGCACGGGACCAGGGCCGCCUUUAUAUUGGGUCGGCAGAGGGAGAGGACCUCCAAGUCUCCUUUCGCCCGCCGUGGUCGCGGACACCCAAGAUCGACGUGACCGUCGGCGACGGCAGCUUCGAGGAGAAGCUGCGCAGCGCGGUAGAGGCGAAGAAAACGAGGAGCUUGGAGGACAGAACCACUUUUGUGGGAUUCGCUACGUUCUAUGGACAUAUCCUGGACUGGGGCGUGAAGAUGGUCUUCACGAAGGCCAUCACCUCCACGCAGUUGCUCGCGUACCAGAUCGUACUCACCCGGGUGGCAGAAGAAUACGGCGGCUUCAGGGUGUGCACACACUACGAUCUCUUGCUCAGACAGAAGCUCGCCCGGGAGCUUGAAAGGGACGAGCGGUCGCAGAUAGAGACGCUCCUGUGCACUCUGGACCGCGACGUGCUGGCGGACGCGAAGAACAGCGCUGAAAAGCGCGUGAAAGAGACCGCGAAGGCGGCCACGAAGACGGGCCAGGCCUCUGGCUCCCAGCCGUCGCGGCCGGCACCCGCUUCCAGCAAGGGAGGCGGCAAGGGACCCUCCAAGGGAGGCAAGCUGCCCGCCCAGCACCCCAAGGGGCGCCAGGUCCACUCUCCUGUGCGUUCGCGCAGCCCCAAGAGGAACGGUGACUGGUAUGCCAAGAAGUGGGACAACACCAAGAAGGGCGACAAGAAGUGGUGA